UUGAAUAAGUUCCUCUGCAAUAGCAAGAUCAUUAAAUUAAUAAUGAAUACCGCCAGAUAGUUUGUAGUAAUUUCAAAUCGCAACACACUGUGUAACGUCAUAUACCGACUACGUUGCAAACUUAGAAAAUAGAUUUGGAUGUUCGUAUUCUUUUUACGGCACGGCCAUUAGUUUGUUGACAAGAAUAAGCAUGCGCAUGAAUUCGAUUCCGUUUACUACCACUGAAGUGAUGAUAAUGGAUACGUUUGCUGCUUUGACCAAGGUAAUCUAUGCUUCGGACGUAGUCGUGAAAGAACCAUGGAACUGUUGUAUUGACAGUAUGUGUGUAAUCCUUGGUGUGUGAGAACUGUGGUUGAUCAUGGCGGAAACAAAAUGGAGAUGUGAGAAUCUAAUCUGCUUUUUCAAGAUGCAUUAUGAUGAAUUAUAUUAUUAGCCACUCAGUUAUGUAUCCUGAAUUUGAUGAAUGAGGUGGAGGUACCAGAGGGUUCGGUGUUUACAUACCGACUCUCCAAUGGAACUCAUGUUUUGAUUCACCAAUCGUCCAUCGAGCAAAGCAAAGGAACAGAAGAAGUGGAUUGUGAUGAAGAAGUGCCACUGUUGUUUUUGGAGGAUGGACAGAUCACCUGUAAUGGUACUGAGAUCCUGCAGACACAAUUCUUGGAUCAGACAUCAGAGACCAGCAGUUUUCUUCUGCCUGACACAUCCCUUGAGGCUACAGUUGUCAAGACUGAACAACCUAAAGGAAAGAGAAAGGAGACAGUGGCAAGUGGUCCACAGUUUGUAGGUGAGUCAAACAACCAGCCGAAAAGUGUCGAAGAUGAGAAAGUUUUGCGACAGGAGAGUGUGACGUUGGAUAAAUUGGAAGAUUUUGUAGAGCUAGUGACAUCAUAUAAAUGUCGCAUUUGUCCUUUUACAACACCUGACCAGCAGGAACUACUGCAGCACUUCAGGUUUCAACACAUGCAGAUGAAGCUAGACACCAACCCACAAAACAGCAAACUUUCAACAGAAAAUGGGGAAAAUUCAACUGAUCCUGCUGUCAUCAGCAGUAACCCACAACCUGUGUGUGAGAAACUCAUCUUCUUGUGUGGCCAGUGUAAUGAUGGUUUUGGAAGCUUGGAGGCAUGCAAACAACACAUGAUGCAGGAUCAUGACUUGAUUGUUUAUGAUGGAGCUGCAAAUUCAAAAACAAAUGGCUUUGGGAUGAAGACUGAGGCUGGUGAUAUUGAAGGUCUUUUACCACAUCAACCACAUAAGCUAACUAGUCACACAGUUAAACAAGAAACAAGUUCUGAACCAAGUGAAGACAAGCAACCAACAGCUGCAACAGGCAAGCGGAAAGUACAGAUGCCCAGGACUUUGGAGCGAGAAUAUUGGUUAACUAAGAGAACAAAUAACAGCACAGUUCCAAAUGACAACAAACUGAAAUGUGGGGAACGGGCAUGUCAGUACAAAUUCAACACUGAGGAUGCUCUUAAUGCUCAUAUGUCAUGUCAUGCAGCAAGAGGCACUGAGAAAGAUGGUGAUGUUGCAGCACGUCGAGAUUUUGGAUGUUACGUCUGUGGCGAGAGGUUUGAGAGGUGGCGUGGCUGUGCACUGCACCUAUGGAAAGUUCAUGCAGUGGAUGCAGGCCUGUUGAGUUGUCCUGUGUGCCAAACCUAUAAAACUGUGACAGCAGUGAAAUUGGAGAAUCACAUCAAAAUACACGGUGAAGUAAGGGCAUAUACAUGCCCAGAUUGUGGCAAAGGCUUCAAACAGGCCUCACAGUUACGCAAUCAUCGUGUCAUGCACCUGGAUCGUAGAGCUGGUCCUGUACCCAGAUGGUAUGCAUCAAAGCGCUGUGAUAUAUGUUUCAAGAGCUAUGCAGAUUCUAAAUGUCUGAAGAAGCACAUACAAGCUGUUCACAGCAAGCUUCGGCCAUAUGUCUGUCAGGUGUGUGGGCAUGCAUCAGCUCGUAAAGCCAUGCUGCAGAUGCAUCUUCGCCAGCAUACAGGUGAGAAGCCUUAUGGUUGUACCCUGUGUGAAUACCGAACUGGUGACCACAAUUCACUGCGACGGCACACCAUGCGGCACACUGGACAGCGACCAUACCGCUGUCCUCACUGUGAUUACUCAGCAAUCCAAAGUAACUCUUACAAGAAUCACUUGCGUAGCAAGCACCCAGGCAUGCAAGGACUGUUUAGCUGCACACAGUGUUCAUUCCGAACAGUCAGCCAGGAAGGUUUCCUGCAGCAUGUGUCUGACCAUAAGAAUGGCCUCAUUUCUUCAACACCAUCAGAAGGUGAAAUAGAGGUCUUCCCUGGCAAUGUGGCAGCUGCACAUCUCAUCUACCGUUGCCUCAAUGCACUUUCAACAGAUGGCAGUCCACUCCAGGCUAAUGUGACAGGUAGUGCUACUUCUGAGGAUGGAACAACACAGACUAUAACCAUUCAGAUUCCAACUCAACAACAGGAAGGUGGUACAGAGGCAGAAGUUGAAGAUGAAGAGGCCACACAUUGUUUCCUAGAAAUUCAUGAGGAAGAAGAGGAGGGUGUGGACACAGGCCUCUGCGUCCAGGCCAGCUUUGAGGCCACCUCAGCCUCCAUACAAAGGGUACCAGGGUCUUUUCCUGGAGGUAAAGUGUGGCUAGGGUGUGACACUGACCACUCAUCUGCACCUAGUGCCAAGGUGGAGAAUGGGUAG